CGAUAAGAAUAAAGCAUUAACUCUGAACGAAUACGUGGAUACCGCGCUGUCACUCAUGAAAAGACGUCUGCAGAAAUUAAAAGCAACCGCCGUAAAAUUACCAAUGUUUUCAAUAUUCUCUACCAACGGUGUGAGCGUCCUAUUGGUUUAACACCACAACAUAAAGCGAAAGGUCUUGAGUUUAAAUCUAGCUGGCUUCAAAAAACUUUGUAUUAUAUAUAUAUCUAAUUUACACUCCGGUGGUGGCAAGACUGAUAAAGAACCAAAGCAAUUAUAGAGAGGGUGGUAGGCCCGCCCUACACAUUGGAUUUAAAUGUUUAACCAUAUAAAGAUUUCCGUCCACUAUGCCUCUAGCCGUCACAUUUGGGAUAAUAGUCGUAAAGGAAUUGAAGUUGAAAAAUGGAGUACUACAUGGACUGGAUAGCAUGUACAGACGCUCAGUCGCUACUGGCAUCCGAGUAAAAGGCGAAAAUAUUCGUAAGACGGACGUCAUUAUUGGAUUCAGCAAUCUGAAGGCUGUGUAUAACUACGAUGCUGUGUUGACUACGGGAGUACCUCCUCUAAAUGGUCAGCUGAUCCUGUCUGCAGACGAGCUCACGUCAUUGAUGAGCAUAAAACUUGUCAAAGAUUCGGAAACUGUCGACAUAAAUUUUGAGUUCAUGCAACAAAUGAAGCCAGAGUCGCUGGCCCUAGAAGGCCCAGCCAAUACAAUGAUAGCAAACUUCAAACAUUUACUGGAACUUCACAUAAUUGCUAUCAUGAGCAACUCCAUGAUCUAUCAAAUCAAACUACUCAGCAGUUUGACUAAAUGUCAACCUUAUUUCGUUGCUCACAUUGACCCAGAAGACUUAAAAUACAGAAACAGUAUUAAAGAAGCCUAUGAAAAUGAAACAUUGCAGGAUGAAUCAAAUAGACUAAUAAUUUUUAAAAAUAAUGAAGACAAUAAGAGUAAUGAAAUAUCUAAAGAGGAUUUGAAAGAAACAUCUGAUACUGGUUCAGUUGUAGAAAACGUAACGGAAAGUCUAUCAGAAAACGAAGAAGACUUGACAACAGAAAAUGGAGAAGACUCCUCAUCGGAAAACAGCGAUGACGAAACAAAAGUUGUCACUAGCAAUGCUGAUUUCAUUCUCAAUAAACAAGAUAGCAUACAAAAUGGAGUAGCCUCCUAAAGCAAAUUCCAAUAAGAGAGAAAAGCUUUUACUAAA